CGGCCAAGGAUCACCAGUUUUCCAUUUUUGCCCCUACCUUCUAGUAUUUUUCCUAGAUCGGUCGCGGCUCCAUGACAAGCGAUAAGAUCGAGCCAAUAUUCAAUCCGAGUCUUUGGAGACAACGUCGGACAUUCUUGCUGAGAAUAUUAAGUGAACAUUGUGUAAAAUCGGUACUGGAUUAUGGUUGCGGUGAAGGCGCCUUAUUAUCCGUUUUGACCUCGCCUGUUGGUUGCGUUGAUGAGAUUGUUCGACUAGCUGGACUAGACAUUUCUAGUGAAGCUCUUGCAUUGUGUGCAGAAGCCUGCGAGCCCAUGAAAAUGGACUACGAUAAUUUGCGAGAAAAAGCAUUAGAUAUCUAUCUAUAUAAAGGAAGUGUAGAUGUUGCAGAUAAGCGGCUGGCCGACUAUGAUGCGAUUGUCUGCUCCGAAGUAAUAGAACAUUUAGAACUCGACGAUGUGGAAAAAAUGUUGACCACCGUCCUCGGUAUCUAUCGACCACGUUUGUUCAUAGUAACUACACCUAAUGCUGAGUACAAUAUCAACUUUCCUAAUUUAAACUAUGGCACUGACGGCACCAAAUUCCGCCAUGAUGAUCAUCGAUUCGAAUGGACCAGGUGCGAAUUUAAUGCAUGGUGUCAACGAGCGGCAGAUAUGUAUGGAUAUCAAGUUGAAUUUUAUGGUAUUGGAAGCAUGAAGCAGCCAAUUGUAACUAAAGACGUGGGCCACUGCACACAAGCAUGUGUUUACCGUCGACUUGAAAAACCGGCUGAUAAACCGGCCUGGGAUGACCGGCAGAGGCACCAGUUAUUUCAACACAUUGCGUUUCCAUGGUACAAUAAGUCAGACAAAGAAGAACAUGAUACAAUCCAAGAAUUGAAUGAGAUCAUUACAAAGCUUACCACUAUCACAUACACAUUACCGAAUUGCGCUUCUCAAGUGCGGACUGAGUGGUGUGAAACAUGGAGCUGGGAUGAAUUAUCGGAAGAAACCCCUCUGCCAUCGCCCCCUAUCGAAGAAAUUACUAUCACCGACAUCAUAAAAGAUAUAUCACCGGAGGAACUAUGGAGCAUGUUGAGAGUGCGUCAAUUAUGUCGAACCAGGGAACGGUUGAGGGAAUUACUCGUCAAAAGAGACAAUAUCGAGAUGCGAUAAUUUUUUUUUGGGUAGUGAGUCAGGUUCCCAUAGUGACUGCUUCGCAUCCGCCAAGCAGGUGCUUCCGAUUUUGCUUUUUGUUUUUAUUUUUUAUUCCUUUCUUUCUUACUUGGGGCAACUUCCACCUAUAAAAACCUCCUUCUAUUACUUUCUCUGUCCGGAAUGACCUGAGGUCCCUAUUCAAUUUUUCAAAUGGAAACAGCU